AUGGGAGAUCCAGAGGGAGGAGACAAGUACAGAAGCCACUUGACAGGGGAGGCAGAGAAGAACACCAAGUGGAGGGAUGGUGCCCCUCCGAAUUACGACGCUGUCAACAAGCUCUUCGAAGAAGGAAGGACCAAGGUGUGGCCUCCAGGGUCACUGGAAGAGCAAGUCCAGAACCUGUUGAAGACCUGGGAAAUGGAAAUGUUCCACAAGACAUGUUUUGCUGACAACAAGACCCUAGUCGAUCACAACACCUACACCAAAAGCCUCAAUGGUAGGAAGCCAAUAACCCUGGAAGAGACUCGGAAGAUAGGAGGAGGCUACAAUUCUUUUCUGCAGACAUCCUUACCGAAAGAGCUAAGAGGCUAUGACCCCGAUGUGGAGACAGUGGAAUCGGCUCAUCUGGCCUUCACAACGACGUUUCCUCGCGGUUUUGCUGUGGAAGUGCUCCAAGUUUACUCGGGCCCGCCGGUGAUUCCCUACAAGUUCAGGCACUGGGGUUACAUGGAGGGUCCUUUCAAAGGGCACCCUCCAACGGGAGAGCUGGUGGAGUUCUUUGGGAUUGGUAUCUUUCAUGUGGAUGAGAAGAUGAAGGUUGAGAAAGUGGAGUUCUUUUUCGACCGUGGCGAGUUGCUGGGAGGGCUUAUGAGAGGUCCCAAAGGGUCUGAUGGUUCUACUUCUUCUACUACUGAAGCUCCAAUUAGCUGCCCUUUCUUGGCAUCGAAAUGA